CGGGCGGCCAAUAAACGGGCCGGGCUGCGGGCCGAACUGGAAGGGUGUUGUCUUGCAAGCUGCCUCUCAUUGGAGGCUGCCGUUUCCCCAUAAGGCGCCGUCUCCCCCUCCUCUCUCUCUGGCGUCAGAAAUAGACACGACGAGAUUGGGGUUGGCCACGGGCUUGUACGGAUCGUGCCGGCUCCGAAGGCGCGCCGGGAGGUUUGGCGGCUGAUUGAGAGCAGAGAGGCGCGGAGGAAGGCAGAGGAACGAACAACCGCUAGCAGGCAUUAGAUCUCUGGUAUACCCACGCAUAAACAUACGCGCCCCCUCCUCCUUGGAUCAGAAGGAGCCGAACCCUCUCCUCUAGCCGGAAAGGAGUUCGUAAUAAUUACGGACGGAGCCGGGAGGUAAAAAAAAGGAAAGGGCCGGGACAAAGCGCCCGAAAAGGCUUUUGGAUUUGAAGGGGCGCUUUGGAGGCAGCGAUCAUGGCGCUGGAUUUCCUCGCGGGCUGCGUAGGAGGUGCUGCUGGUGUUUUGGUAGGACAUCCAUUCGAUACUGUUAAGGUACGCCUUCAGGUUCAAAGUGUGGCGAAGCCGCUUUACCGUGGGACCUUGCACUGUUUUCAGUCGAUCGUAAAGCAAGAGUCUGCCCUUGGACUUUACAAAGGUAUUGGGUCGCCCAUGAUGGGACUUACCUUCAUUAAUGCCCUUGUCUUUGGCGUUCAAGGGAACACACUCCGUGCUCUCGGACAGGACACACCGCUCAACCAGUUCCUUGCAGGUUCGGCAGCCGGCGCCAUUCAGUGUGUCAUCUGUUGCCCCAUGGAAUUGGCUAAGACGCGGAUGCAGCUGCAAGGGACAGGGCAAUACAAGCUGAAGUCCAAGAACUACAAAAACUCCCUGGACUGUUUGGUCAAGAUCUACCGGAAGGAAGGUCUGAAAGGCAUCAACAAGGGCAUGGUCUCCACGUUCAUGAGAGAGACGCCUAGCUUUGGAUUCUACUUCUUAACAUAUGACUGCCUAACCAGGUACUUAGGGUGCGAGGCGGAGGACAGUUACAUUAUACCCAAACUGCUGCUGGCGGGAGGUAUGUCUGGGAUUGUCUCUUGGCUAUCGACAUACCCCGUGGAUGUAAUCAAGUCCCGCCUUCAGGCUGAUGGAGUUGGUGGAGUCGUGCAGUACCAGGGCAUUCUGGACUGCAUUAGGAAAAGCUACCACAACGAAGGCUUGAGGGUGUUCACGAGAGGUCUGACAUCCACACUGCUGAGGGCUUUCCCGGUGAAUGCUGCUACUUUUGCCACUGUUACAGUGUUCCUUAUGUACAUGAGGUCAGAAGACAACAAGAUCAGGGGCGACCUAAGUGGAUGUGAGGCUGGCUCAGCAAUCCAGCAGCCCUCAAGCUUUUAGGUUCUCGGAUGGGAAAUCUAAUGCACCUGUUACACACUUGAGAAGCAAUCAAUAUUUUUUUUUCUAAAAAAAAAAUACCUGGACAUAGUAACUUUACAUUUCUCUCUGUAUAAAGCGUCCUUUUAUCAUUACUUUAUCGUUACACCUCCUUUAUGAAAGCAGCUUAUUGCCUUAUACCGAUACCCAUUCUAGAAAUCCAGGUAUUAAAAGGACUUGCCUUUUUAGAAAUGUGCUCUUAAAAAAAGAAAGGGGGAAAAGAAGACUUCACCUCCAGCUUCCACCUUUUCGCCAGGAUUUAGCACAGUAUGGCGUAGCUGCUACUACCACCUCAUAAAGAUCCCAACCUACCCACUUCCUGUGCAUGCUGUCGCCGUGCACAAACAGUGGCGAAGGGGGUGAGUGAGUGUCACGGGGGCCUUGAUGGUGUGGAGCACAUCAUGUGUGUGCAGCUGAACUUCAAUAGGUGCCCUUUGUAGAGACUGGUGCUUAUCCCGUGGGAUUGAGGUGGCAAGGCUUAGGAUGCAUCUUACAGCCGAGAGAUGCGGUCAGCGAGAUGGUUUUCUCCCUCCUUCCCUCUGGGUUUUGGCAUAGAGACUGUUUGCUUAGAGCUAUAAGCCAGUGUGGUGUAGUUGUUAAGGUGUUGGACUAUGACCUGGGAGACCAGGGUUCGAAUCUCCACACAGCCAUGAAGCUCACUGGGUGACCUUGGGCCAGUCACUGCCUCUCAGCCUCAGGGGAAGGCAAUGGUAAACCCCGUCUGAAUACUGCUUACCAUGAAAACCCAAUUCAUAGGGUCACCGUAAGUCAGAAUCGACUCGAAGGCAGUCCAUUUUCCAUAAGUGUUAUUCAGGCACUGUCCUGAAAGUGGGUGUGGGCAGGGGCACACAUAAAAGGCCGCACCCCAAACACACUCCAUUUCGGACCUGCCUGUGUUAAGAGGGAAAACCUAGAGAUGGAUAUUUAAGUGCAGUUGAAUCCUCCUGGCAACCUCGUAAUGAUCAGGAACCCUUGCCCUGUCAUGGUUGCUGAGUUGUGAAGAGGAUUCUAUGUACAUUCAUCAAAACACCUUUACAAUCCCCUUUUGCAUCUUCCCUCUCAUGGGAACGUAGGAAGCUGCCUUAUACUGAGACAGACCUCUGGUCCAUCAAGUUAUGUAUGUGUACACCGCCAGGCAGCGUCUCUUCCUUGGUUUCAUAUAGCAGAUGCCGCAACCCCUAUCUGGAGAUGGUGGGGAGAUCUCCUGCAUAUAUGGCAGAUCCUUGACCAUCAAGCUGCAGCCAUUUCCCAACACAAUUGGGUCUGAAAUGGAGGUGGUGCAUGUGGUGGAUAUGGGGGGGGGGUCAGAUCGUGGCAGGUGCAUUCCGCCCACCCAUUGCCUUUUGUCAACACCUUUUCAGGUGAAUGUCUGAACAGGGGCUGCUGCUGGGGGCAGGGGUUGAUUGUCAACAUAUGUUCUUCUGUCAAAGGAGCCUGACCUCCUUGAAGAUGCAGAAAAAAUCAAUUUAAUUUUGGUUUUUUACACUUCUCUAGGGAAAACCUAAAAGCUGAAAACGAAGAGAAUUGCUGACAAACCCAGCUUCAGUUCUCAGUGGGGUUACAGCCACUGCUUGAUUAUCCCUUUGCUAUGCAGAACGCUAGAACUCCCAUCAGCCUGCUCAGUGGGCGGGGACAAUGGAAGUUGUAGUCCAACAGUGCCUGGGGGCCCCCAGAUUCCCCGUCCUGAUGUAAGCAGAGACAAUGCUUUCUGUAAGACAUUCAGUAAAUGGUACAUGCCAAGCGUUUACUGUACUUAUUAUCGCUGAUGCAGUAGUCAAUGGCAAUCCCAUGUCCUUUCCGGAAAUAUUUCAGUCCAUCAUAUGAGCACCCUGCUUUUUGUUGAUUGGUUGCUAACUUUCUUAGCUGUGCGAACAUGUUCCCGCUGUUUUUAUUUUCUGUUUUGCUGUGCUUGGAAGGGAAGCAUCUGAAUCCUGUAUGUGUGUGUGUAUAUGUACAUUUUCAUUCAAAUGCACAAGCAAGCAAAGAUUGAUGCCCUUUCCUAAUGUAUCAUGUGUAAAUUGCAUUUUAAAAUCAUUCUAGAAUGUCAGAAAGUAUUUCCAUGCACCUCUGUUUUAACAAUGCAUCCUAUCCGGAAGCCGUAACAAUGAGGAAAAUGGGUCAGGGUUGCACGGCUCAGUUUGUCAUUUGUCCAACAGGCAGGGGUGGGAGGUGUACCAGCACAACAGUUAAUUGUACCUGGCCAUCAUGACAGAGGAAAGCAGGGCUGGGCAAUCUGUGGCCUUCUAGAUGUUGCUGGACUCCCAGAUUUCAUCAGCCCUGGCCAGCAUGAGCAAGGGCUAUGGAGUUUUAAUCCAGCAACACCUAGAGGCUACAGCUUCCCCACCUCUGUGCUAAAGGAUGCAAGUGUUCUUUAUUGGUUGCAAGUCAUUUGGAGGCUUUCUGGUAACAAGAGCCUAAUAAAUCUAAUAAUAAUUUAGAGGGGUUCAGACAAUAUAGCACAUUGUAGCUCUGCAUCUGUAUUUUAUUAUGCUGCUGUUUGGAAAGUAAACAGAGACCCUCUGGCAGCCUUUUAGUCCAUUCCAUAGGAUUGCAUCCAACCGAGCUGUCCCAUUCACACCUGUUCUGAUGGUGCCGUAGAACUUCUCCUGCCCCUGCAAUGUGUGCUAAAUCUGUUCUGGGGGGUUCCCCAAUUACCUGGAGAUUUGGGGGGAGCUUCAUAUGGAGAGGGAAGUUCCACUGCACAAAUGGGACAACUUUGCUGGAUGCAACCCAUUUUUUUUGUUAAGUAUGAACACUAGACUAUAUGUUCUGGCCCUACUGACCUCGAGGAUUAAUUUGAAUCCAACAACAUUAAGUAGAUUGUCAACAAGAUGUUUUAGAAGCAAGAGGCUUAGGCUGCAGUCCUGUGUCCUCUUCAAAGGCUGUUAAGUCUUGAUGAACGCCAAUGGUUUUUGACUAGGGAUGCAUAGAAUUGCGCUGUGUAGCCACCACUGUUGAUAAAGCGGCAACAUAAGAUCUACCUGUGAGCACUUGCAAGGAAAUUGGUCAUGUUUCACAUUACCAAGUGGAGGAGAAUCCUGCCAUGCUUCUGUAGCUGAGGCCAGGUCUGAAUGUUAGAUUUGCUAUUGUUGUGUAAGAUGUCAGCAAUGGAAAGUGAGGCUGCCACUGGUGGUUGUGAUAGACAAUGGUUCCCUCCUGGUCAUCAAGUGUGUUUUUAUUUCUGUUAUGGAAACAUAUCCUAUUGGACAUAGGCCUUCUGCCCCUGCCUCUCAACACUGUGUUCAAAUGUUUGAGGGAAGAGCAUAGAGAGGAAAAAGAGGGCUAGAUAGUCUCCACCUGGUUACUUGGCUGUGGCAGACAGCUUCCUCCUCCCAAGCUGUGGUUCAUGUGAACUGUAAUGCCACACAAGCAAGCAUAAAUUUCCUCAGGUCAAAAGCAGGAGCCCUCAUGUCAUCCAUGUAUGAAACACACAUUGCAAAGAAACUCCAGGCAUCGUGGGGAGAGUAAGUUAGACCUGCCCUGUUUAGAAAACUGGAGGACAACAGUUGCAAGCUUCUCUUAUCCAUUUAGUGUAGUACAGAGGCAAGUGGCUAUAGCGUCACCUUGCUAAGCGAACGCUUCUUAGUUAAUAGUAACAUGCAUUAAGUUACAAUGGCUCAUUUAAGAGGGAUUCCUCCGGACUUUUCAUAUCUAAGACACGCUGUUGGGAGUUAUGCCGAGUCAGACCAGUGGUGCAUCUAGCUCAGUAUGGUCUGCACUGACUGGCAGCAACUGUCCAGGGUUUCAGACAUGGACUCCUUCCCAGCCCAACUGGGUAUGUUGGGGAUUGAGCCUGGGACCUUCUGCAUGCAAAGCAGCUUUACCGCUCAAUUCUUUCCCAGUGGUGGCCUUACCCACACCCUGCAAUACGGGACCUAUUACUAUGAGAUGAUUUUUUUCUGCUGCUCUUUUCUCAAGGACAUGUAACCCUACAAUGGUGUCUUAUACUGUGAAUUACCUUCAGCUGUGUGUUCCAGUGUGUCUGUCAGUUGAAGGCCAAUGCUCUAUAAAAGUGCUAGAAAGAUCAGAUUUAGAGAAGGAAAUCUGGAAAAAGCCACCAUAGUUAGGGAUAUAAAGAAAUGAAGCUCAUGUACAGUACAUCCCACAAGUAGAUGACUGAGGAGUUAUUUUACACUGGGGACAGAGGUGCAAUAUGGCUGGUUGGCCUUUUCUUUUGAUGAAAAAAUCUACCUAGCUGAGAGCAUUUUUAAAGAAAUGUUAUGCUGGAGAAACCUGUAAAACUGGUUCAUUGCUUCUGUACCUUGAAGGUAUACUGGAUGUUUUGCUGCCUGCUUGCAAGGACAUUCAAAUUGAAUGUGAAACCUACCACAGCGCUUUACGCGCAAUAUGGAGCAAUGACAACUAUCCAUUUUUUGUACACUGUUCUGUAACUAUUGUACAUAAACC